GAAACUUAACUAAAAUUUGAGAACUUAAAAUUACAAACUAAGAUAAAAGCAUUCUUGAGACGAGAGUAUUCGAAACGCAUGCGUGACGAAUUCAGGACAUUUGAGAACUUUACUGAUCGUUCUGCAGAUACGUCUUCAGUGAUUGGGAAGACACUUGAGGUUAUACAUAGUGCAAGUGUUAAAAACAAAAUUAUCUGUGAUAUAAUCUCAUUCAGGCAAUCAUGUUGAAAUUACGUUUGGCCGUUAAUGUACCGAAAGUUGUAAAACGUAGCUUUGGUACUAACAUCCCUGCCUUACAAAAAGCAACUGAUCCUAUACAACAGCUCUUUCUCGACAAAAUUCGGGAGUAUAAAUCGAAAAGCGCAGGUGGCAAAUUAGUUGAUGCUAGUCCAGAAAUCCUAAAAGAGCGAGAAUCAGAACUAGAGAAACUUCAAAUAAUAUAUGGUGGUGAUAAGGGAGUAGACAUGACGAAAUUUCCUCAAUUUCAAUUUGUAGAUCCACCUGUGGAUGCUGGUGUUGAUAAGCAGUAAAUGUAUCCAUAUGUAUCAUAGAACAUUCAUGUAUAAACUGAUGAUUGAAUCAUUAAACAUUAAGUAAUUAAUUACAAAAAUA